AUGGCGGAAAAACUUGAAGAUCUAAAUUUGCCAUUAACAGUGGUUACACGAAUUGUAAAAGAAGCGUUACCUGAAGGUAUUUCUAUAUCUAAAGAAGGCCGAACUGGUCUCGCAAAGGCGGCUUCAGUUUUCGUAUUAUACGUAACCUCUGCGGCUACAAACAUAGUAAAAAAUAACAAGAGGAAAGCUUUAACCGGCCAGGAUGUUCUAGAGGCGAUGGCAGAUAUAGAAUUCGAUAGAUUUGUCGAACCGUUAAGAGAAGCUUUAGAACAAUACAAAUUAGCUGUAACAGCGAAGAAAUUAGCUUCAGGGAAGAAAAAGGACGAAGAUGUAGAAAUGGUGGAAGAUGAA